AAUUUUUGCACAUGUGAAUGUGUAGAUUCUUGAUGUUUUGCAUGUUCUGACAAUGGUUUAACCUUUUCCAGCCGUCACGAUGUUUAAAAAAUUCGAUGAGAAGGAAAACAUCUCAGGAACAACCCAAGUCAAAACAUCCGUCAUUCGCAGUAUUCGGGAAAAGCUCCUCGACAAAUACCCAGAUAUUAAAGAUUAUUUAGAUCAAAUCCUACCCAAGAAAGAGCCAAUUAAAUUGAUAAAAUGUCAUGAACGUAUAGAGAUUCUAGCCAUAGCAGGGGAGCCAGUGUUCUUCAAGCAGCGAGAUGAUUUUAUGCCAACCCUGAAACUUCUUCACAAAUAUCCCUUCAUCCUUCCACAUCAGCAGGUCGAUAGGGGUGCCAUCCAGUUUGUGUUGAGUGGCGCUAACAUCAUGUGUCCAGGCUUAACAUCACCGGGUGCAAAAAUGGUGGAUACGGACAAGGACACCGUUGUCGCGAUCAUGGCUGAAGGAAAGGAACAUGCCCUGGCCAUUGGAGUCAUGAAGAUGUCAGCAACAGACAUUAAGAAAGUCAACAAAGGUGUGGGAGUCGAGAACAUCCACUACUUACUAGACGGUCUAUGGCAAAUGAAGAGUAUCAAGAAGUGACGUUCUACAAUAACAUUAAAAUUCCAUCUUAAUCCCUUCUGUUUCCAUCUUAAUACUCGGGCCGGUGUGGCUUCUUUUUGAUGGAAUUGGUUAAUGCAUAGCUAAACCAACCGUACUUGAAACAAGGCCAGUCAAUUUUUCAGAGUUUAAAAGUUAACUGGUUGAGUUUUGAUGGAUUAUGUUAGUUAUGGUUACAGGAUUAACCUGAAGAUCAUGUUUACUUUAAGCUUCUUUUGGCGAGUCUAACAAUGUCUCUGUCAAGUGAAUGCAGCCACUGCACUGUGUCCUGUUUACAAUCUGACAGAGCGCCAUACCGUCCAGGGCCCUAGUUCAUAGAGCCGCUUAACAAAUUUCUGCAUGAUACCAGUCACAGAUUAUACAUGUGACAUGGUUGUUUGGCUGGUGA